AGCAACGAAUCCGGGAGCGAUGAUGGUCCGCGAGCCCGUAUAUAAGGUGGAAGUCUGCUAUAGCUAGUGCCGAAACCUGUCGGACGACUUGCUGGAUCGACUCCCGAGAUUCCCGUAUUAUUUGCGAGGCGACGCCUGAUACAAAAAUACCAAAAACACCAGGAGGUAUUAAUCCUUGCCGAUAUGGAGUCCAUUUCGCCUCCUGUCAAGCAACCCCAUCUAUCACUGUACUCUUAUUUCCCCUCGUCGCAGUCACCAUGCCGUACAUUACCCUCCGAGACGGCGCAGAGCUCUUCUACAAGGACUGGGGCAACCCCAAGGGCCCCGUCGUCACCUUCUCCCACGGCUGGCCGCUGAACAGCGACAACUUCGAGAGCCAGAUGGUCUUCUUCGCGGACCAGGGCUUCCGCGUCAUCGCGCACGAUCGCCGGGGCCACGGCCGCUCGUCGCAGACAUGGGAGGGCAAUAACAUGGACACGUUCGCCGACGACCUGCAGGAGCUGUUCGAGAAGCUCAACGUCAAGGACGCCAUGAUGGUCGGGCACUCGCACGGCGGGGGCGAGGUCGCGCGCUUCCUGGGCAAGCACGGCACCGGCCGCGUCAACAAGGCGGUGCUCAUCGGGGCGGUGCCGCCGCUGAUGCUCAAGACGGGCGCCAACCCCGAGGGCACGGACAAGUCGGUGUUCGACUCGUUCCGCGCGGCCAUGCACAAGGACCGCGCGCAGUUCUUCCUCGACGUGCCGAGCGGGCCCUUUUUCGGCUUCAACCGCCCCGGCGUGCAGAGGAGCGAGGGUCUCGUCCGGAGCUGGUGGCGCAUGGGCAUGCUGUCGAGCUACAAGUCGACGUAUGACAGCAUCAAGGACUUUUCCGAGACGGACUUUUCCGGCGACCUCGAGAGCAUCGACGUCCCCGUCCUGGUGCUCCACGGAGACGACGACCAGGUCGUGCCGUUCAAGGCCGCGGGCGAGAAGUCGGCCAAGCUGCUCCCCAAGGGGAAGCUCAAGGUGUACCCCGGAGGAUCGCACGCCAUUCACAACAUGCAGGUCGAUGAGGUCAACAAGGACCUGCUCGACUUUUACAAGUCCUGAGGUGAGGAGGGAGGGAGGGAGGGAGGGAGAAAUAUGGACACAUGCAGAUUGAUGAUGCCGAGCGCAUAAGCCGUGCGUGCAAUCUCGGGGAAUACGGCGCCACCAAAGUGAUCGGCCUCUCUAGUCCACAACGCCAGUCAAUACAAGUUGUCGGGUGCUGCGCGUACCAUGAAAUGCGAUUGGCCUUUUGAGAUGGGCCGGUGAAGCGCUGCACCACGAGAUCGCCGUCUGUGUAAUGUUGUUCCCAAGUUGAAGUUGCCCUUUUGUUUACCCAGAUGCGUAAAGUCGC